GGACGUUUUAGAUAUCUUUCGGGCACGGAGGCGCGAGGUGCUGGCGAGUCGCGCGUGUGGAUCCACAGUUGUGUGUGGCGGUGAUGACGGUUCGAAUGGGUCGUGUUUGAGCAUUUUGAACUCGACAUGAAGUGGCCGACUUUGGGGUCGAACAAAUUGAGCUGGGAGCAGGCUAGCGGCCCCUCGUCGACGGACAGGAACAACAACAUCAAGAUGACGUCCGAGGACCUCCUGCAGCCCGGACAUGUGGUCAAGGAACGGUGGAAGGUGGUCAAAAAAAUUGGGGGAGGAGGCUUCGGCGAGAUAUACGAGGGCCUGGACCUGAUCACGCGGGAACAGGUCGCCCUCAAGGUUGAGUCGGCCCGUCAGCCGAAACAGGUCCUCAAAAUGGAGGUGGCCGUACUCAAAAAGCUGCAGGGCAAAGAGCACAUAUGCAGGUUCAUCGGCUGUGGAAGGAACGACAGGUUCAACUACGUGGUGAUGCAGCUUCAGGGUCGCAAUCUGGCCGAGCUGAGGCGUGCCCAGCAGAGGGCCGCGUUCAGCUUGUCGACCACCCUGCGUUUGGGCCUUCAAAUACUCAGAGCAAUAGAAAGCAUACACUCUGUUGGUUUCUUGCACCGUGAUAUCAAACCAAGUAAUUUUUCCAUGGGAAGACUGCCAUAUAAUUGUAGGAAAGUAUACAUGUUAGACUUCGGCCUGGCGAGGCAAUACACGACGGCUACUGGCGAAGUUAGAGCUCCCAGAGCCGCCGCCGGCUUCCGGGGCACCGUCCGCUAUGCCAGCAUCAACGCACACAAAAACAGAGAAAUGGGGCGACACGACGACCUGUGGAGUCUGUUUUACAUGUUGGUGGAGUUCGUGAACGGACAGCUGCCCUGGCGCAAGGUUAAAGACAAGGAACAGGUCGGACUGAUGAAAGAAAAGUACGACCACCGUCUGCUGCUUAAACACCUACCGUCCGAUCUCAAGCAGUUCCUCGACCACAUCCAGAGUCUGGAGUACGCAGACAAGCCGGACUAUCAGAUGUUGAUCUCGUUGUUCGAGAGAUGUAUGAAGCGUCGUGGCGUCAAAGAAUCAGAUCCCUACGACUGGGAGAAGCAAUCGACUGGCGACAAUGCGGCAAUAACGGUGGCACCGCAACCGACCUCGAUCCUGCCCACCGCCGCCCCCAAACACGCCAAACACCCCCAAACCGACAACAACCAAGAAAACAUCGAACCUACCGACAACAAAGAGGUUCAUCUGGAAUCAAGAAAGAGGAUAGAAACGGAAAACACAGUACCGUACGUGACGGAAACGCAGACUGGCGUCAGAACGGGCGUGGACAAAAACUGCAACGCAACAGCGACAACGGAUCACGUCCGCAAGCGUCGUGCCACUUCCCACCUUGAACAGCCACCGGACCGACUCGACAACGAGGCGGCGGUCGCCUCGGCCAAGUCCACGUCGGACGCGAACGCCCGUCCGGCGCCCCUACGCAAGAGCCAGUCCGGUGUCGCCACCCUCGGUCGUCUUAGAGUAGUGGCGCCUGGAGGCGCAUCCGCCUCUGCGGCGCAGGGUAGGGCUGUCACCGACGGUGGCAGCCUGGUGGAGUCGCCAGUCGCCACGCCGGAGCAGGAGAGGCCGAGGAGGCGGCAGCCCAGCGCCGCCAGGAGUUCCAGGAGCGGCGUGCGCGACCAGAGCUUGACGCAGUUCGCCCUCAUGGACGACGAGAACGUUAGUCAACAGGUGACCCGAGGUGGCGCACUGACCUUGGCGUCGCAGUGGAAGUCGCAGUUCGACGACAGCGAGGAGACGACGGACAACGAGUGGAAGCCGGAAAGUCCCGAGCACCGUGCCCACCUGGCCGCCCAUUCGGAAGCGGGCGCCGCCGCGUCCGCCUCCUGUGCUUUGCCACCCGUCACGGCGCCGCCGGCCCUGAGCCGCAUCUCCGAGGACUCGCGGACCAGCCACAGGCGUUACAUCAACAUCGCCGGCAUCGAGGACUAUCCGGAUCUAGUCGCUGGUCUGCCAAGGGCUUGGUCAACGCCAUGUUUGGGACCGUGCGUCAGGGCCAACUUGAAGCCGCCUCUACUUCAGCAGGCGGCCUUCGACGAUCUCCUGUUCCGCGUCGACGUGAUGAGAAACGUCGCCUCCAGGCACCUCCAGAACGAUGAGGAGGAGGAAAAGUCGCCGGAGCCGCAGAAGUGGAACAGCUUGCCAUCCAUUCCACUGCCGGAGAAGGAGGAGCUGAAGAGCAAGGAGGAGGAGGACCAGAACGACAACGAGGGACUGCAGGAGGUGGCCGGCAAGUUGGAGAUACGGGUAGUGCCAAAGGAGUCGCUGAGGGAGAAGACUCCGACGAACAACUGUCAGGAGGACACGUCCAAAAGACCCGAAAGGACUAAAAGCAUAUUGAAGCAGAGCAGCAAGGAGAGGAACGAAACACCGCCAGACUUGCCCAGUCCGAAGCGGGAACAAAUAUCUUUCGCCCCUGAGGUCAGUUUGGAAAAGUUGUUGCAGGAGCGGGAGGUGAAAAAGCGCGUCAGCGUCGAAGUUCCAGGCGACGAGGAAAAACAGCCGGACGCGGAGCCACAUAACGACACACCGAAACCUGAUAUUGUAGACAAAAUUGAUGUGAAAGAGACAGAAGUCCAAGACAAGUCCAAAGAACACAAGGAUGGUAAAACGAAACAGACCAACAACAAGGAGUCCGAGUCAUCGAGCACGGAAACGGAAAAAAAAUCCGGAAAUGAAGACAAAUCCGAAGACAGAAAACGGAUCCAUAGAAGAUCACUGAAUGGGUCUGCCAUUAAUUUUGAGAAGGUCGAGAGCCUUAGUCGGAGCAACUCACAAAAAUCUAUGUUAAAACCAACAGUAGCCAUAAGAAACAACCUCCAUUCCGGCGACAGAUCAGACAGCAGCAACAGCGACAAAAACGUCAUAAACCAAGACAGACUGGGGUUGCACCCCGAAGGUGAGAGGUUAAAGUGCUCCCCUGGUGUGGACCUCACCACCAAUCCGGCCGUGACUUUCGUCGCCAACAAUCCCGAGUCCAGGGAUCGAAAGUCGAUGGCCAACGGUCUGAGUCCGGGCGGCCUGGAGGAACAAUCGGAGUACUUCGACGCCACCGACAAUCCCGUUUUGAGGGACAAGAGGCACGAGUGCGACGACGAGGACAGCGGCGUCGACAACGCCAGUCAAAUACUAAGAGAAUCUUCCACGAGUCCGGCGCCCGAGGGCGGCAGGAUAUCGAAAAUUCCGGUCGCAGUGGGCGGCCUACGUCUGGCCAAGUGCAUGUCGUGGUCGGGCGACCUGACGCCCGGCCUGCGACGGCGCAGACAGGGCGAAAAGUACGUGACCGACCCCAGCCAACUCAACCUCCGUUUCAAACGUCACUCCAGCAGCGGUUUGAGGGUGAGAGGGAUAAACACGUGUCUGAUAGACGCGCCGGAGUCGUCACCGGAAUCGUCGGAGGGUCCGCCGCCGCCGCCGCCAGGUGGCGAACCGCCCUCCGAGAGCCAGGUUAGGAUGCGCCGCUUCCGCCCGGUGACAUAGUAGAGUGGCACGGACUCGUUUGUUUCCAUAAACCAUCCCCCCCACACACACACUGACACUAAACUACACACGCAGAAGGUGGUUGUGGGCGGCGCAACGACGGGCGACUAGUUCCGGGGGGUGGCCGCAUUUUUUUAGAGCGGCCGGUCCGCAAGGAUCGGAUGUCGUCCGUCGGCGUGCCGGACGAUGAUUUUUAAUGUUGCCUUUUAGCUUUUUGGUGAGGAACAAAUACAUGUAAAACUAUACAAAAAAAAAAUUAAUAUGAAAAACGGUAUUGUUGUCGUUUGUAUAAAGAAGUACUAGUGUCAUUUCGUUUUUCUUGGGGUCCAGGCCCCCCGUUUUGGACGGCGUUGAUGCACCACUCAAAACGUCCGGAAACACGUACGACAACUCUGGAGGGAUGAUUGCUUGUCUGGUGGAUCAACACCUUGACUAGGAUGUUUUUUUUCCGUAGUUUUACCGGUGCAAUGGAGCCGUACACAUUGUGAUUUACUUAAUUUUUUUAGUAUUUAAUUCGGUUGUUGAUUUUUACACACGUUUGUCGAUUGUGAGAUUAAAAAGACUUAGGUGAACCCGUUUUUUCGUUCUGCGCGCGGGCUUAACGGCCACCCCCGCUUCCGGGGUUGCUACGCCCCGACUCGAUAUAUUUUUUUAUGGAUGAAACAAAAUGGGAAAAUUUACGUUGCGACUCGGAUUAACACAAUACAUAACGCGGUAUACAACGAACACACAAACUUGUUAACAUUUACUAUUUUUUAGGUUUGUAUAGGUGUUAUGGGUUGUAGUUACUUUUGGGUUUGUAGGUGAAAGUGUUUUUAUGGUUGGCCCCCACCCGGGCAAAAGUCCGCGCAAUUUUGCUGAUUUUUAUUUUGUUUUUAUUUUUUCCAAGGACAAUCCGUUAAUUUCGAUUGAUAUUUUUGACUCAGGUAUAUUUUAAUUUUCCGGUGUUCAGGGAACGGCUUCGGUUCUAUGUAUAUAUAUACAUAUACAUAUAUAUAUACUUGGCUUUUGCGUGGCUUUUGUUUUGUUUUGUCGGGCGGUGGCUGAAAAAUUUCAUCGUAAAUCUCGAUCUAGUCAUAUUAUCGUUCAAGUUCUAGAUAUAUUUUUAUAAUAGAACUUGCCCUAGUCACUAUAGUUGGACAAGAGACAAAGUAACAUAAAAAAUGAUAAAAAUACUCUGUAUAAAAAAAGUAUGAUAUUAUUGCAAAAAAAAACAAAUAGCUAUAAAAUCGUACCAUCAUUUAUUUCAUUUCAUUCAAUCGCUAAGAUUAUUUAUUGUAUAUUUUUGUUCUGUUGUAUUUAUUUAUUUGUUUUUUUUUUUUUGAAAAAUAGCGCCUGUAUUUAUAAUAAAUUAUAGUUACAAAUUAAAUUAAUUAUAAAGA